GAAGAACGCUCAUUGCCCAGUUGAUACUUAUCUUCUUACCCAGUUAUAAUACACAAACCAGCUCCUCUUUAACUAGGUUUAUAACAAUGUUUAUCCAGCUGCUAACCUUACCUAUCAUCUUCUUCCUCACCAUCCCACUUUUCUUCUUCAUUCUCAACAAAAACUCAAAAUCCCAGAAAUCCGAUGUUUUGCCCAAGCGUUACCCAAUCAUCGGUUCCUAUUUUGCGGUAAAAUCCAAUCUAAGCAACCGCGUCCAAUGGAUCACACAAAUCCUCCAGAACUGCCCCUCAGCAACUUACACACUCCACCUCGUCUUCGGUUACCGCUGGAUCUUAACUGCCAACCCCGACAAUGUCCACCAUAUUCUCAAGACCAAUUUCAAUAACUACCCCAAAGGCUAUUUCUUCAUUAGCGUUUUCUUUGAUUUUCUAGGAAAUGGUAUCUUUAAUGCCGACGGGGAGUCCUGGAAGUUCGAGAGGCAACUUUCGAGUCACGAGUUCAACACUAAAUCUCUUCGUAAAUUUGUUGAAACCGUCGUUGAUACCGAGCUUCACGACCGUUUGGUUCCGGUGCUCUCCGACGCCGCUUCCGACGAGACGGUGCUUGACUUGCAAGAUGUUCUUCAGAGGUUUGCUUUUGACAACGUCUGCAAGAUCGCCUUCGGACAUGACCCUGCCUGUUUGUUACCUUGUUUGCCGCAAACCCAGUUUGCUGACGCGUUUGAAGAAGCUACCCAGCUGAGUUCCGGCAGGUUCCGAGAUCCUCUUUCGGCACCUUGGAGAAUCAAGCGAUUUUUCAAUAUCGGAUCGGAGAGGAAACUCAAAAUGGCUAUCGCUCAGGUCCGUGAUUUCGCGAAGAAGAUUGUCAGGGAAAAGAAGCAAGAAUUAGCUGAUAAAUCGUCUUUGAAAUCGGUUGAUCUCUUAUCAAGGUUCUUAAGCUCCGGUCAUUCUGACGAGAAUUUCGUUACGGAUAUAGUCAUCAGCUUCAUACUCGCCGGCCGCGACACAACGUCGGCGGCUUUGACGUGGUUUUUCUGGUUAAUAUACGAACACCCUGAAGUGGAGAAAGAAAUCCUCAAAGAAAUCAAAGAGAAAUCGGAUACGCCAGUGUAUGAGGAAGUUAAAGACAUGGUUUACGUUCAUGCUUCGCUUUGCGAGUCCAUGAGACUGUAUCCUCCGGUACCCACGGAUGGAAAACUGGCGGUGGAGGACGCUGUUCUGCCGGACGGGACAGAGGUGAAGAGAGGAAAUAUGGUGACGUACGCUCCUUACGCGAUGGGGAGGAUGGAGAAGAUAUGGGGUACCGAUUGGGCGGAGUUCAAACCGGAGAGAUGGUUGGAAAGAGAUGAGGCGGGGAAGUGGAGCUUCGUCGGGAGAGAUCCUUACACUUAUCCGGUGUUCAACGCCGGACCCAGGAUUUGUUUGGGGAAGGAGAUGGCGUUCUUGCAGAUGAAAAGGUUGGUGGCGGGUGUUCUAAGGCGGUUCAAGUUGGUGCCGGCAGUGGAGCAAGGGUUUCAGCCGGUGUUUGUUGCUCAUCUUACGGCUAAGAUGAAAGGCGGGUUCCCCAUCAGAGUUGAGGAAAGGGAAGAGUUCGAUUAGCCAACUACAAUUGCUUCUUCUUGGACUUUUUUUGUUUGUUCAAUCUGCUGGACUGGACAUGCGAAUGAAAUUUACCAUAUGAUGUUUGUUUGGUUGUUUUAAUGGGCCUUAAAUUUAGAAU